AUGUCGAAGAAAGUAUUGGAAUCGAAGCCGAAGGCGAGCGCCAGCAGCGACAAUGUGACGGAGACCACUCCGCUGGUGGGCAAGAAGGAUGGAGAUGGGGAGCGCCAGGGUCUGACGAUGCAGCAGACGUCCAUCCUGAUUGCCGGUGAAAUGGCUGGCAGCGGUGUGUUGGCACUGCCACGAGCCCUUGUCAAGACUGGAUGGGUUGGUGUACCAAUCAUCAUUCUGGUCUGCCUGAUGGCCGCAUUCAGUGGCAAGAGGUUGGGUGACUGCUGGUCCAUUCUGGAAUCCCGGGACCCAGAGAUGAGGUCUCGGAAGAGGAACCCUUACGCGAUCAUCGUGGAACAGUCACUCGGCAAGGCCUGGAGUGUGGUGGUAUCGAUGGCCAUGAUCGUGACCCUGUUCGGCGCCUCCGUGGUGUACCUGCUGCUGGCUGCACAGAUCAUCGAGGCGGUGCUUCUCUCCCUGGUGCCUUCCCUCACUAUCUGUACCUGGUACCUCAUCGUUGUCGGCGCCAUGACACCGCUGCUCUUCUUCGGAACGCCUAAAGAUUUCCAUUUGAUGGGUCUCCUUGCCUUCGGAUCCUCCGUGGUCGCCUGCAUUUUGUACUUCAUCGAGAUGAUGAGCGAGGCCUCACCAUUCACCUACCGUUACGGCAUCCACGGAUUCAUGGACUUCUUCCUGGCGAUGGGAACCCUCAUGUUCGCGUUCGGAGGAGCCUCCACCUUCCCCACCAUACAGAACGACAUGGCAGACAAAACCAAGUUUGGGAAGAGUUUGCAGUACGGCUUCCUUGCUGUGCUUAUUCUGUACCUGUUGAUCGCCAUCGGAGGAUACGCAGUGUUUGGAGAGCGAGUGCUGCCCAACGUGGCGCUCUCUAUGGCCGCCACUCCCCUUACGCUGGCGGCUAACGUGCUGAUGGCCAUCCAUCUGCUGGCCGCCUUUAUCAUCAUCAUCAACCCCGUCUGCCAGGAGGUCGAGGAGCUGUACAAUGUACCCAGAGAUUCGGUUGGAUGGCGCAUGGCAGUGCGCGUGUCUAUAAUGCUGGCCCUUCUCUUCAUUGGUGAGAGUAUCCCGCGGUUCUACACCAUCCUGGCGCUGAUCGGAGCCACCACCAUCGCCCUGCUCACCUACAUCCUGCCCUCGGUCUGCUACCUCCAGCUCGUCAACCAGCCCGCCGCUGAGGGACAGGCACCCAUCGAGACGCCCGGCUGGAUGAAGAUGGUGUGCUACGAGGUGAUAGCGCUGGGCAUCGUGGGCGGCGUGGCCGCAUCCAUCAGCGCCUUCGGAGCCAUCUUCAGCACGUCGAUGGCAGUGCCCUGCUACUUGUGA